ACCAGUGCAGUUGACAGAAGCUGCCCUCCUGGGUGCUCCCAGCCACAAGAUCACUCAGUCCCCCAGUGAGUGUGAUGAAUCCAGGAGCACCUGCAAACUGCCAACCUGCCCCUUCAGGGUAAGUGCACUCCAUCCGGAGCUGGUGAUUCCCCCACAGUUCCCUGAUCUGGGAAUACUUCACUCACAGUGCUGCCAUCUUGCUGGGAUUCUGCUUCAGUUUAAUUUUUCCAUAUGUAUCUAAUUGACCUCCAUUAGACCUUUGGGCUGCUCUACCAAGGGCGCUUCUGCAUUCUUAUUGCUAGAGGUUCUUCCUUAAAAUAUAUAUAGUAAUAUUGCAUGCCUGUAAAAAUACAGGAUAGCUCUGCCUCUCUUUGAAAAUCUUGUCUGCUGCUUAGACUUGGAAUUUUAAGCUGCAAUUUGGAACCUCUUGAUAAGAUUGGGGUAGCAGGUUGGCACAGAAAAAGUGAGUUGCCUGCUCCUGGCUGGAGAAUGUGGGGUUGAAAAUAUGAGAACAGAUUGCUGGGUCAGACCAAAAGCAUAUCUCAGCCUUCUCCAACUUAGAGCUCACUAAGUGCUUUGCAUCCCAUAGGCACAGUCAGUGAUUACAAGUGCUCGGAGUUGUAGCCCCAAACAUCUGGAGGGCAUCCCAUUUCCCUCCACUGCAAGAUCUGGGGCAGGCCACAGUAUCUUGUGCCCUUUCUUUUUUCGGAGGCACAUGUUCUCCAUGUUCCCUUACCUUCAUAGCCAUGGGUUAGACCUGCAGCAACCCUAAUCAUGAUUAAAUUCUAACUAGUUUUUCCUUUCUGCAGUUUGCAAAACUGUUCUGAUCCUGGCUGAGAUGGGAAUCCCAGCUAAGGUUAUCCAUGCUUACAUUUGGUGCAGGUACAGUUCGCAGCCCUGGUGAAGGCUGAGAGAAAUUCAUUCUGGAGUUCAGAAAAGAUCCUAAGCAUGGUUGAGAGAUUGGUUAGUGAUAUCCUCUCUGGGCCUGGGUCUUUGAGGGCCAUAUUUCCAGGUCCUGUCUUAUGCUAUGGUAACUCUGCUGCAGAUUUGGAAGAGCUGGCUUCCUGUACCCUUGAAGAGAAGAAUGGCUGGCACCUAUCCACACCCCCUCUGUCCCACAGGUUUCUUUGGAUCCAGAACCACUUGUGACAAGAGCUGCAGGUUCUUCCCAAAAUGAAGCCCUCGCCAGCGGAUCAUUGCAACUUCUGCGGUGUCUGCUCAUCAGCAUAAGGGCCAAGAUGGGCGUCAUGGAAUAUCGGUGUGUUUAUCUGCAUUCGCUGUGCUGGAAUACACAGAAAUCUGGGUGUGCACAUCUCCCGAGUAAAAUCGGUCAACCUGGACCAGUGGACACAAGAGCAGAUCCAGUGCAUGCAGGAGAUGGGAAAUGGCAAAGCGAAUCGCCUCUAUGAAGCUUACCUUCCAGAGAACUUCAGGAGACCUCAGACGGACCAAGCGGUGGAGGGCUUUAUAAGAGACAAAUAUGAAAAGAAGAAGUACAUGGACAGGAGCCUGGACAUCAACUUGUUGCGGAGAGAAAAAGACGACAAGUGGAAAAAGGAGGCAGCCUGCGAAAAGAAACUGGAACCAAUUAUUUUUGAGAAAGUAAAAAUGCCCCAGAAAAAAGAUGAUUCUCAAGCUCGAAAAAGCCCGACUCGAUCUUCUGAGCCUGUCAUGGACUUGCUGGGACUCGAUGUACCUGUCUCAUCUGCCCUCCCCAAUGGCAGAUCCAGUGCCUGCCUGGAGAAGGACUUGGACCUCUUUGGCUCCGUGGGCCCCGACAGGAAGGUUGUUGGCUCAAUGCCCACUACUGGAAGCGCUGGGUCUGUUCCCGAAAACCUGAACCUCUUCCCCGAGCCUGGAAGCAAAGGCGAAGAGGUGGCAAAGAAGCAACUCUCAAAGGAUUCUAUCCUCUCCUUGUAUGGCUCUCAGACCCCACAAAUGCCCACACAAGGAGCUGUGUUCAUGGCCCCCGCCCAAAUGGGCUACCCUGCAGCGUACCCCAGUUUCCCAGGCAUGCCCCCCCCCAGUGGCAUGGUGGGAGGUGUGAUGGCGCCACCAGUCGGAGUGAUGGCGCAGCCGGGAGCAGCGGGCAUGGUGACGCCCAUGGCGAUCCCCGCGGGUUACGUCGGCGGCAUGCGGACAGCAGUCAUCGGGGUGCCCAAUGGCAUGAUGGCGGCGCAGCAGGCGGGGUUUGUGACUGGAAUGGCCCCCGUCCCUCCGCCCAUGUACGGGGUGCAACCAGCCCAGCAGCUGCAGUGGAACAUCACUCAGAUGACACAGCAGAUGGCGGGGAUGAACUUCUAUGGCACAAACGGAAUGAUGGGAUACGGACAGUCAAUGGGCAGAGGCGGGGCGCAAGGAACCCACCAAACACUCGGUUCCCAGGUGUGGAAAUAGUGUGCCUGGAUUUGGACCAUUUCCUCUUUUUUUGCUUCCGUUCUCUCGUUUGUUUUUCGUUCCUGUAUUAAAAAUUGCUCCCCGACAUUCUCUCAAGGGUCUAACUUCCUUUCUGGCAGUCUCGGUCGGACUUUCCUUGUGUGUGACAAAGACCCGCUCCGCCGCUUUCCCGCCUCUGGGGCACUGAUGGAGCUGAAGUCUUUGUUCUCUUGGCUCACUAAAACGGGCGCCCUCUGGGGGGUGGGGGGGGUGGGGGUUCCUGCUGGGUCUCAGCCACGGCUUCAAACUAGGCUUGCCCUGGGUCUUCGGAAGGGGUAGCCGCAAUAGCUGGGCUAACUCUUGAUUCCCCAGGUUUAGUCACAGCAACAUCUGAAGGAACUUGUGACUUUUAUAAAGCAACAAGAGAGAAAAUACUGAAAAGAUGGAAAGAGUAUUCUGAAAUACUUGAUGUUAGCUGGCUUUUCUUUCUGCUUUUCUCUCCCUUACCCUUCCUUUUCUUUUCAACUGAGACAUUCCAUUUUUUUUCUGUGUAGAUUUCCAGAAUUAUUUCUGUUUUUCAUAAGCUUAAGGCAUCUCUUCCUGAAGCUGGUAGGAUUCCCACAAGGCCCUGAAGCACAAAUUAUUGUAUUCUGCAAGUGGGGGGAGGUUGGGGGGGGUAGCACUGAUUCCACCUCUUAGGUGCAGCUGUGGCUCCUGUCUAACCUGCAGUCUUGACAUAUUUAAGCCAGUCUCCCUCCUAUUCUCUUCUCCCUACCCUUUUCUUUCUUUUCACAUUUUAAUGACCUAACUGAUCAAGGGCCAAGAUUCUGGGGCAAGUUUCUCCUUGCACUUUUUUGCACUUUUAUCUGUGUACUCCCCCCACGCACACGCACAUACUUGCCAGCGUGAAGGUUUCAGUGACGGAGUACCAAUCACAGGACUGGGGCCACCUGACUGUUCUCUCUUUCUCCGCCACUUGCAGGGGAGCAAUAUCUCCCCUGCAGAUGUGAAAAGUUUUGUCAGCAUACAUGAAAGCCAGGCAUCUAUUGUCUGCUUUUCUUUGUGUAUAUGUAAAUUCCUUAAUAAAAAUAUUGCAGUGCAACAUUA